UCACGGCAAUCACCUGCAACACCCGUCUCGGCUGGCUUAAGGCACAGCACAGCCAUCAUGUCAUCACACCAGGCGCUCCAGGGGCACCUGUGGUGUGGCAUCUUUACCGGAGUAACCACACCACGGCGGCGGAAGAGGAGGAAGGUUACUCCGGUUACCCUGCGGUUGCCCAUACGUCUGCCAGCCACACCAUUGCAACCCCCGCAAUUCGAGUUCCCACCUUCGGUCCAACGCCACUUGCCCCAAGCAAUUGCAGACAUGGUUGGCGAGAGCUCCGGCGAUGAAGACGGGCAGCAGCAGCAGCCGCAGAGAGGGCUUUCAACCGCGGACAGGGGUCUGCAGCGCCCGUUGAACCUCCCCGCUCCCAUCCCUUUCCUUUUUCCCAGCACACCGGGUGGAUCCCUGGUGCUUGAGCCCCCGCCACCACCACCAGUUCAACGACCCAGCCCGCAAACACAUGCCAGCACCAAGGUUUUGCUUCACCGAAUCCAUAAUCAAAAUCAAGCUCAAAGGGAGCGCCUGACAACGUUCAUCGGCAAUGUUCACAUCCUUGCGCGCCACACCACCUUCUUUCUCAAGUACUACCUUGCUGAUCAUCCUCUACACGAUUUCCCGGACAUCACCGACAAGCACAUCAGUGUGAUAUUUGAGCUGCUAAACAAUCCAGGCUACAAUGGCAAUCCAGUCAUCGCGCAAGAGUUGCGUCUGUGGGUUCAAGACUACUGUGAUGUUCACGGAUUCGCCCCCAUCCGCAUGCGAAAUUGCCAACAGACCGCAGCGUACACGGCUACGAGCAUCCUCACAAACCUCAAAGUUAACUCAACCGAGCGCAGCGGCGACGCUAUUAUCGGCGUGUCCGUCAGUUUACAAAGUAUGCGACAUUUGAAGAGAUUUCCAACCGAAGAGGAGUUUGCCCGCCUCACACGACUUGAGCGGACUGUCCUCGACGAGUUAUGGGCUCUGUUUCCUCCCCAGGAUGAACCGUUUGCAUACAGCCUUGCGGUGGACGCAAUGCCAUAUUUAGGUGCCUAUUGUGAGCUCUCAUGCCUCUAUGAGCGCCGUGGAAUGCGGCUGUUUUCCGCUAUCCCGCUGCGCAAAUCUCGAAUCCAGUCAUCUGUUUGGAUCGACACGAAGAUCCUAACCACUCAUAUCCUGGCCUUGGGCUGCCAUCGCAUGGGGAAACUCACCGAUCAACGCAAGCGGGAGCUGUGGGGGCAGUUUCUCAACGUGAAUAAGCUUGGUCUCAAAUUUGAUGGGUCAAUCAGCACAAACGGGUAUUCCGCUACCAUCCACUUCAAGAAGCCAGGGCUCAAGUACGGCCAUCGCGCCCGGAAGCGCAGCAAAGCCCAAAUGCAGGAAGAAGUCAAACAGCUGUAUUUUGAGCACCACAUCGCCGUACUAAGGGAGGCUCCAAACAUCGUCAGCAUUGAUCUGGGCAAGCGUGACCUCUUGUUCUGUCGAGACAUCAAGAAGGAGCGGCCAUUUAGCGGGGAUAGCGGCGACAGCGGGGAUAGCGGCGACAGCGGGGAUAGCGGCGACAGCGGGGAUAGCGGCAACAGCGGGGACAGCGGGGACAGCGGGGAUAGCGGCGACAGCGGCAACAGCGGCAACAGCGGGGAUAGCGGCGACAGCGGGGACAGCGGGAAUAGCGGCGACAGCGGCGACAGCGGCGACAGCGGGGAUAGCGGGGAUAGCGGGGAUAGCAGGGCAGUAGUAAUCUCAGAAUGCACCACCCCAUCAGAUACACAUCCAAUCAACGGGCGGUCAAGACAAAAUCCCGCCCUGGAUGAGUUUUACCAGAAUGCGAUUCACGUAGCUCACAGAUUCAAGGCGUUCUCACUGCGGCAAAAGUCUGAGACCAAGCUCAUCAAGAACAUGCGACGCCUGUAUGGAAAGCAUUUUGCGGUCAUCUUGGGUGAUUGGAGCGACGCUGGAAAAACCAUGCGCUUUCAGGAGUCAUCAAACACCAAGGGGUGAGUGACCAUCAUUGUUUUUUAUGUAUUUUAAUAUGCUAACUCAUCAUCAUGGAAAUCAGAUUCCGCACACUCUUUGCAAGAAACAGCAUCCCAUGCUACUUGCUAGAUGAGUAUCGAACGUCUUCCGUGUGCCCAGACUGCCACGGGCGUGUGAAGAAAAACAUCUG